AACAUGUCCAUUUUAGUGGCUGUCCAAUUACAAAUUUUACACAGAAUUUUCAGAUUUUCACUACAAAACGUCGAAACCUAUUCGAAUCUCAGUUGAAAUCCAGAAUUACCUGGAAAAUGAACUCUCUUCAGUCUUCAUGGAUUAUCGCCAGAUACGAAAUAAACUCCGCCGCUUCUUUUCCUUUUGUAAUUUUGAUUGAGCUGUUUCUUUCAUCAAGAUUUAACUUUACUCUUCACCAUUUUGCAGGUUUGUUUAACAGAAUCAAAUCAGGUAAAGGAAAACGAAAAUGGUGAAUAUCACAUUAUUACUCGAGUACCAAAAUCAGCCCAGAGAGUUUGUAGUGAAAUUUGUUCCUGGAAAUGACAGUAAUUGGGUGGUAAAAGCAUAUAUGGCAGAUUAUUUCAUUCUUGAUUUGUCUGUGGUCGUUUUAAGUGGUCGAUCGUAGAUGGCGUCGCGUGGGGCUUCACAAAUCGUUCAGAGACGGUCAUUACCAAAUAUUGUUCCCUCGGUCUUUACUGACUCGAUUCAUGGAACUGAGCCACAAGAUAUGGCCCUGCGCGACUCUAAUAACAAUCUAUGGCACCUCAAAAUAGAAAAAUUUAUUGAUGGUUGGUAUUUCACAGACGGUUGGGUGAAAUUUGUAGAAGAUAACAUGAUUGAAAGGGGUGAUGUUUUAUUCUAUCAAUCAUCUUCUAAAGGUGUGCUCAAUUUCAAAGUUAUGAGUCCCUCUGGCAGUGAAGAUGCCGGAAUCGAACGUCUCAAUGUUAAGACCACGAAAUUGCCGAUUGUAAAAGUGGAAGUAAAAACUGAGGAUGUAGAGGCUGGUGAUGAGAAGCCUCCUGAAAAACGAGGCACGGAGAUGGUGGUGGAUGUAGCUGGGGAGGCCGGUACUAGCAAGCCUGGAAAGAAGAGGAAGAAGCAGGAUUACUACGGUGAGGAGAUUUUCAAACCUGGGGGUAUGCAGCCGCCCUUGAACCCUUACUUCGUGGUGGAUGUGAGGGAAAACAGAGCAAAUGAGAUGCACUUCCCAAUAGAUGUGAUCAGAGACCACAAGAUCCAACUCCCGGAGACUUUGUUGCUCAUGGAUCCGAAAGGGAGGACGUUUGAGACAAAGCGCAGAUCCUGGAAGGAUGGUAGAGUGAACUAUAAUGGAGGGUGGAAAGCCGUCUACCGAACGAAUAUGUUGAAAACAGGUGACAAGCUCAUAUGUGAGUUCAUCGGCAACGGCCGCGGCGUAGGGGAUAUGCACCUCAAGAUAAGUGUAUUUUCAUUGCAACAUAGGUAGCAAAAGGUAGGGAUGGUGAAAGAAAGGACAAUUUUGUACAAAUUUUUAGUGUUUUUUUUUAUGUAAAGAUUAGGACAACGCAGUAUGAUUGUGUGUUGUAAUAGAAUUUAGGCUCAAUAGAAACUCCAUGCUUGAUCAAAUGCUGCACCGAAAUGUUGUGCAAGUGCAAAUAUUGUGUGUAUAGUGUGUGUUUGUGCA